GAACCGGUGUCUGCAGCGGUUCGGGUAAUGGAAAAACCGCCUACCAAAAAUUGGUCUUAAAUCGGACAGGAAUCAGUCGGUCGAACCGAACCAAAGUCUGACCAGUUUUUGAAGAAAAGCUUUAUACGGCACCGUUUUACACCAAUCAGGGAAAAAAAAAAAACAAAAAAAAACAAAAAAACAAAAAGCCCUAACCCACUCUCCCAGUCCGGCAGUCCCCAGUUCCCUCAGCUCUCUGGCCUCUCUCUCAAGUCUCAACUCUAGAAGACCUCCAUCUCUGAAGGCAGCAGAGGAAGUUGCAACCUCCAUCUUGUCGCCGUUCUUCAACCUGUCCAGCCACCGACGCCGUCGUGCUUCCGCCGCCGUCCAGCCUCUGUUCCGCCGCGCUCCAACCCUCGUCUUCUAGCCUCUGUUCAGCUUCGGUUCCGUCCCGUGGUCCAGCCUCUGCUCAGACGCCGUUCCGCCGCUGUUCAGCCUCCGUUCCGCCGCUGUUCAGCCAUCUCCGUUGAGUUAUAAAGCUCCAGCUCCCUCUCCCUCCUCUGUUGAUUUUCAGAACGUGUGAAAGUCUCAGCAAAAACAUCCCAGUGGCAGAAUGAGCAAGAAGGCGACAGCAGCACCUGAUCCGGUGGCGGUGCUACGGGGCCACCGUGCUUCCGUGACGGACAUUUGUUUUCAUCCCUCUGAUCGCAUUCUCUUCUCUGGUUCUGUUGACGGUGAAGUUCGCAUUUGGGAUACCCUUCAGCAUCGAACUCUCUCUUCUUCUUGGAUACACAGUGCUGCCCACGGGAUUGUUGCUGUCGCCACUAGUGCUUCCCUUGGAACCAAUAAAUUCGUUAGCCAGGGUAGGGAUGGAACUGUUAAAGUUUGGGACUUUGUUCAUUCUGCUUUGUCUAGGUACUCAACUCACUCACCUUUAUUUUUAAAUAUCCCUCUUUUCUCUUUUCUCUUUUCCCUUUUUUGCUACACAGAUGUUCCUGAACAAUCACUUCGUGUUACUAUUUUUUGGCAUGAACUAGGGCGACGAUCUCAUAUAGAAAUUCUUGACGAUAGAAGUUCUUCUCAAAGUUUCGAAGAAAAUAUGUAUGCUGACGGGCUACAGUAUGUGGCUUUAGCAGGGGAGAACCCGUCUGAGGUCGAAAUUUGGGAUCUCAAAUCAGCUGAAAGAUUUGUACGACUCCCUUCAAGCAACCCUAGUAGCUCUUCAGUUUGCAACAAAGACAGAGGGAUGUGCAUGGCACUUCAAUUGUUUUUACCAUCUGAAUCACAGGGAUCUCUAAAUGUCUUGGCCGGUUAUGAGGAUGGCUCCAUGCUUUGGUGGGAUGUACGAAAUCCUGGAGUUCCAGUAACCGCUGUAAAGCUCCAUUCUGAACCAGUUUUGAGCAUCUGUAUUGAUGGGUCAUGCAGUGGGGGCAUCUCAGGAGCUGCAGAUGACAAGAUUGUAAUGUAUAGCUUGGACCACUCUUCGGGUAUAUGUGUAAUCAAGAAAGAAAUCAAUUUGGAGCGACCUGGCAUAUCAGGCACUUCAAUUCGUGCUGAUGAAAAAAUUGCUGCAACUGCCGGUUGGGACCACAGAGUAAGGAUAUAUAAUUACCGCAAAGGAAAUGCUUUAGCAAUACUGAAGUAUCACCAUGCAACGUGCAAUGCUGUAACUUACUCGUAUGAUUGUAAGCUUAUGGCCUCUGCCUCCGAAGACACAACGGUGGGGCUUUGGGAAUUAUAUCCUCCUCGAACAUGAAAUAAUUUUUAUGAAUCUAUUCGAUGCCUGUAAUUAUAUCAUGUGAAUGAAUGAGUGAAUGCUAUCUUAGUAAUUUCAUUACUAUUCUCCACUUAUUUAUGUUGAUAACGUGGACAAUAAAAAUCAAUUAUUAAUUUAA